CCUCCCCACCGACCGCUCUGCAGCUCCACGUCCUUCCCAGGGCGUGGGAACUUGGCUUUCUCCAACCCUUGGCCCCAGACCAGAGUCCUUGGUGGGACUGUCUCGUUCAGGGCAGCCCUGGAAAGCACUGGAGGGUAGAGGGGUGGUCAUCCAGGCUGCUGAGGGCCUUGUCCUGGGGACCAGCUCCAGUGAGAGCCACAUGUCCCAUCCCUCCAUCUAAGCAGCCACGAGCUCAGCGCUGGGCCCCAGGAUUCGAGAAAGUCCCGGCCUGGCGGUCUGAGGUGAACAGUCUCCAUUCAGGGAAACAGUCCCCACGGCUGCGACUUCCCCUGACCCAGGCGACCUCCUCGCAGACGGCAGGAAGAUAACGCUCGGUCCAGGCAGUUCCCCACCGGGAGAGACGAUGGGAACCGGAAGGCGACGGCAGGUGCAAAGGCUUAGAACUCCCGCCACCCACUGACACGCGAGAUUAGAUGGGGCAGGGAGGCUGCGGGCACGGUUACCAUGGUAACCGAGAGCCGCCACAGACGCCGGGCCUGAGAUCCGGUGGAUGCGCACGACCGCCUGGCUCGGCUGUUAUUGUUGAAAACUCUCUUGGCUUGGACUCAGUUUACCCCCUGACAUUGUUCUCACUGUGUCACCCCGGCUGGAGCACAGUGGCUGAUCUCAGCUCGCCACAGCUUCGACCUCCUGGGCUCAGGUGAUCCUCCCAGCCCAGCCUCCGAGUAAGGUAGGAUCACAGGAUGAUGGAGUGACGUUGGCUCCUGCGGAAGGAGUUCACCGCCCACGAUUUCCCCAGCAUGUCUGCUGAAAACAGUCAGUCACCAGGAGCAUCACCUCCUCGCCCUCCCUUAUCUCCCCAGUGUUCCACACAGACUUCACCUUCAGAAAACGAGGAUACUGAAGUAGAACUGGAUGAGGAACGUCUACAGGAUGAAUCUCCAUUUUCUACAGAGGGAGAGUCUCUGGAGGAGGAAGAGGAUCUGGAGGAGGAAGAGGAUCUGGGAAAAGAAGAGUAUCUAGAAGAGGAAGAGGAUCUGGGAAAAGAAGAGUAUCUAGAAGAGGAAGAGGAUCUGGAGAAGGAAGAGGAUCUGGAGGAGAAAGAAUCUUUGGAGGAAGAAGAGAAUCUGGAUGGAAAAGAAAAUUUGUAUAACAAGUAUCUGAGAGAAGAACCCAAGGCAAGUUACUCAUCACACACCAUGUUUCUUCGUGAUACAAGGAGCCCAGACGCUGGCCCGUCUCAGGUGACCACCUUCUUACCCGUCCCGUUGGCUUUUCCUUCUCCUUCUCCCACCUCUGGAUCUGCCACAGCGUCUUCUGAGUCGCUACGUACACUGUACAGGAGGAACCAGGCCAGUCAGACAGACUGGCACUGUGACAGAGCCGCAGUAAAAUCUUUAAAAUCAAAAUCAACAACAGAGCAAGAAAACACCACGAAAGCUGCUUUUAAAGUCGUGGAGUAUGCUUCUACAGAGGACUUUUGGGAUGGUGUAACAGAUGAGUCCAUUGACAAGCUGGAAGUGGAGGACUUAGAUGAAAAUCUUUCGAACAGCUCCUAUCAGGCAGUGUUUAAAGCAAUAGUCAAAGAAAUGGCUGCUCGCAAUGAACUGGAAGAGGAUUUCAACAUUCCCCUACCUAGGCUACUGGAAAGUGAAAACAGAUGGAAACUGUUAAUUAUGUUGAAGAGAAAUUAUGAAAAGUUCAAGGAAAUAAUCUUAUGGAUCAAGAGGAGACGUGAAGCUCUAAAGGCAGGAGAGACGACCACUUUAACAUUUACUGUACCGACCCGACCAACACCUGAGAAGCCCGAGACAGAAAAAGUCCAACAGCCUCGCCGUGUUGUUCGUCGUAGGAAGAAAUUAGAACAAGAUAAGGAAUGGAUACAGAAGACGGCAGUGGUGCAUCAAGGUGAUGGAAAAUUAAUUCUCUACCCCAACGAGAAUGUCUAUCAGAUUUUCUUUCCUGAUGGGACAGGCCAGAUACAUUAUCCAUCCGGAAACCUGGCUAUGCUCAUCUUACAAGUGAAAAUGAAAAAGUUCACAUUCAUCAUUCUGGAAGACAGUCCGCAAGGGCGGAUCCGGGCCCUCAUCAACAACUCAGGCAAUGCCACCUUCUAUGAUGAAAAUAGAGACAUCAGGUUGAACCUGAGCUCCACCCUGGGCUACUACUUCCCCAAAGACAAACUCCAGAAGGCCUGGAACUGGUGGAACCUGAACAUCCACGUCCAUGCACCCCCCGUCUGGCCCAUCUCCAUGAACAUCAACGAGAACAUCCAGGUACAAGUGAGGAGCCAGGAUAAGAUCAUCUUCUGCUUCACCUACGAACAGAAGCGGAUUUGUUUAAAUCUGGGCACCAGGUACAAGUUUGUGAACCCAGAGAUGCUGAGUGAGAUGAAGACGACAGCCAUCCUGGAGGCAGAACCCGGCCCAACGGCCCAGAAGAUCCGGGUCCUUCUCGGGAAAGUGAACAGGCUCCUGCAUUACGUCACGAUCCCCGAGCUGGAAAACUUCGUGGAGGCCGUCAGGAUGUCGCUGAUGGACAAGCGCCUGAAGCAGCUGCACUCUCGACCCUGGUUCUAGGGCGGGGCUUUUCUGGCAAAUGUCUUGGGAAGGUGGAGACCUUGGGAGCGCCAGGGAAAAAAAAACCCAAAAACCUGCUGACGUGCUAUGAGAGUCGGUUUGUAACUUGGGACCUGUCGUAGCUACUUGGUUAGAAAUAAACGUUUUUGGCAGAGGGCACUGACGGUCUGUGGCUGAGCACAGAAAAGGCUUCACAGCCCUGAUCGACAGCACGGACUUGCAGAAGUUCUCAUGUGGCUUUUAGAACCAGCCUUAGAACAACGACUGUGCUCAAAGCUCUGUCUUUUGUUGGCUGUGAGACCUCGGGCAAGUCGCUUUUUACCUCGGUUUCCUCCUCUGUGAAAUGGGCCUAGAAAUAGCAACUAUCACCACAGAGCUGGGAGCAUU